AGCGGGGUCCCUGCCCCGGGGGUUCCACCCGCCGGUGGGGCUCGAGGCGGGGGCUCCCGGGAGGAGUGGGGGCUCCUGGACGAAGGGCAGAGGCAGCUCUACAGGGACGUCAUGCAGGAGAAUUACCAGACUCUGAUCUCGCUGGCAGGAUUCCCUGUCCCUGACCCGACCGUGACCUCCCGGAUGGAGCAAGAGGAAGAGCCGAGGGUCCCGGAUCUCCAGGGCUCUGAGGAAAGGGAGACCCCGAGAGGCGCCUACACAGGUGCCGGGAUGGAGAAGGAGAAUCCUCAGCAGGCAGGGCCUGUGGGAGCAGAGCCACACUGGACUCCCAAGCAGGGGCAGAGUCAGGGUGAGACGGGCCGGCCCUACCAGUGCCCCGAGUGCGGGAAGAGUUUUGCCCGCAGCACCCUCCUGAUCCGGCACCAGCGGAUCCACACGGGCGAAAAGCCCUACAAGUGUGGGGAGUGCGGGAAGAGCUUCUACCAGAGCUCCAACCUGGCGCAGCACUGGCGCACCCACACCGAGGAGAAACCCUACAGCUGCCCUGACUGUGGGCGUGGCUUCCGCCACAACGCCCACCUGGCGCAGCACCGGCGCACCCACACCGGUGAACGCCCCUUCCCCUGUGCCCAGUGCGGCAAGGCCUUCAGCCAGCGCUCCAACCUGCUGCAGCACCGGCGCACCCACACCGGCGAGCGCCCCUUUGUCUGCACCCACUGCGGGAAGGGCUUCGGCGACAGCUCCAACCUGCUGCAGCACCUGCGCACCCACACGCCGGAGAGACCCUAUCAGUGCCCCGAGUGCGGGCGCAGCUUCCGCCACGGCAAGCACCUGACCCAGCACCGCUCCCUGCACACGGGCCAGAAAUCCCACUGCUGCCCUGACUGCGGGAAGGGCUUCAACUGGAGCUCCCACCUCGCCCAGCACCGGCGCAUCCACACUGGGGAGCGGCCCUACCAGUGCCCCCAGUGCGGGAAGGCGUUCACCCAGAGAUCCAACCUGCUGCAGCACCAGGCCCUCCAUCGCCCUGCCCAGGACCUGGCUGAGCAGCUGCAGAUGAGCCCUGUGGCUUAGGAACGGCUGGGGUCAGAGGUCAUGCCAGAGAGGAGGGAGAACCCCCUCCCAGCAUGGGAUACCUGGGGUUAAAGGUUUGACAAUGUCCAACACCCAGGACUCCCCCACAGCAUGGACACGCCAACUAGACCCCACUCGGACGUGCUGCCAGGGAAUGGGGGGCUGAAUUAAACAGGCUCCCAGAGGGGAGUUAUUUGCUGGAGUGGGGAGCUGGGGACUUUAUUAAUAAAGGGUGUAAAGUAAGAGUGUGUAGGGGUGUGUGUGCAGCACUGCCCCCUGCUGGAGGGAAUCAGUCCUGUGUGUGCAGCACUGCUCCUUGCUGGAGGGAUGUGGG